CCGUUUGGCGGCAACGUUAGCGGUAUGAUAGGAAAAUUGACGAAUAUGUGAAGAAUGUGUGAGGAGUGUGUGGUGUGUGGUGUGUGAAAUAUAAGGGGCUGAAUCCGAAGCUUGAGAGGUCAAUCGUGAACCGAGCGAAUCAGUGUGAAGACGUUGAAUAAAGAUUUUUGUUAAAAGUAGUAAACUCUGAUCGUUUUCCCAUCCAGUGGAAGGGAUACCUUGAAAUCCCCUUUCCCAUAAAAGUAUUAUUCAAAUAUUAAUUUCAAAAGAAAAAUGUCGAAGACAAUGAGUACUCAUGCUAGUGGUAGUAAAGACGAUGAUGUGCCACCUGAAAUGCUUGCAGCAGCAAAAGAAAUCGCCUUCAAUUCGUUGCCCAAUAUUUCCAAACGAAAAUAUACAAUAGUAUAUAAUGAAUUCAAAAAGUGGCGUAGUACAAAAAAUACAAAUUCGUUCGCCGAAGCUGUGUUAUUAGUAUACUUCAACGAAAUAGGUUCUAAGUUUGCUGCAUCGACACUGUGGUCAAAGUAUUCCAUGCUGAAAGCGACAAUCAAAGCGUAUGAUGGCAUUGAUAUAAGUAAAUAUCCACAAUUAAUAGGAUUUUUAAAGAAAAAGAAUUCGGGAUAUAAGCCAAAAAAAUCAAAAGUAUUAACAACAGCUGACGUGUCGAAGUUUCUCGAAGAAGCACCCGAUGCAGAAUAUCUUGGCAUGAAGGCAUUACUGGUUAUAGGACUUUCUGGUGCAUGCAGAAGAGAGGAAUUAACAAAUUUAUGUACAGAAGACGUACAAGACCAUGGUACAUUUUUAUCCAUAACACUACAAAAAACAAAAACUAAAAUUACUAGAACAUUUACG